AAAAGACUGGGCUUUCAUAUCUACUGAAAAAAUUGUACCCAAAAAUCUUAAGUUUAUGAUCAUCAUUUUGAAACUGUUCAUGAUAUUUUUGAGCUUCCUUUUUGUUCUUCAGUUUUCAUGUCCUAGAUUAUUUUCAAAGUGAAAUGGCUGUAAAGGCUGAAUCUUUUCUUCUGGAACGAACUGUGUAUGUCGGCAUAGCUUUAAUUGUCCCAAGUUAUUCUAUUUAUAAACUUUUUAUCUCUUCAAAAAGUUCAGGUGAAAUAUUUUUUAAACUUAUAAUAACAAAUUCAGUGAAUCUAAAUUUAUUACGACUGAAAAAUGUUAGUUUAACUCAAAAUUUGGUGCUUAUGCAAGAUGCAGCUGAAUUACAGUGGACGUUACUUCCGUUGUGGAUGAGUUUUGUACCUUAUCUCUUACUCUAUUCAAUCGUAUCAUCAUUUGUUUUUACGUUGAUGAACAAAAAAAUAUUCAAAUGUUGUCGAAUAGUAUUAUCAAUUUGGCUAAUCAGUUAUUUGGUGGGUUAUAAAAUCCUGAUAGACGUCUUUUUGAACAUAUUAUGCUUUUCAUGCAUAAGUUAUUUGGUCUCCGGAAAUCGUCUCUUGAUAUGGGCGUUUGCGGUUUUAGUGUUUCAAGCAUCUGAAUUCUUUGAAUCAACGUUUAACCUUGGAUUGGUAUCAUACGACUGGUAUAUGAUCUUGUAUGCGGCACAUUUUUAUAUAGUUCUACGCAGUUUAAGUGUGGCGUUAUCGUUCCAUAAAUGUUCGAACAAUUUUAAGUCAUCUUUUAUUAAAAAGACAGAAAAAGAGGAAUCAAUCAUUAACUAUACCCCUAAAUCCUCACUAGAAACUUUAUUGGAUGUGUUAGACUAUUCUUUAUACCCUCAUUCAUUGCUGUUAGGUCCACUUGUCUUGUAUUCAAAUUGGCUUAAUUUCUGGGAAAAUCUUGAUAGUUUACAUUCCAAUCAUAUGUUACCCAGUUUUAGAACAUUACUCGACACACUGAUAUCACUUGUUUUCAAAGCUAUCCGGUUGAUAUUCUGGAGCUCAUUUUGGUCAUUAUGCCUUUGUAUAGUUUAUCCGAAUUCAUUCGGUUAUUUGAUUCCUUAUGCACAAAUUAGUGACUUAUCUAUACAAAAUAAAUCAAAUCAGUAUAAUCUUAUUAUUGAUCGUGGUACAGUGGGUGCAAGUAUUUAUUUACGUAGUUUGCAUUUAUUCAUUAUAUAUUUACAAUUUUAUGGAUGGCCAUAUAUACUUUCAAAUUUUGAAUGCCUACUCAUAAAUUUGUUACACAAGUUAUUGAAUAUUCUUAAAUCAUGUCAGCGAAGCACCAGAGCUACUACUACUACUACCACUGUCACUGAUCAAACAAGAAAAUCUCAUAGUGACCCAAGCCUAAUUCAAGUGUCGUUUAUGCCUGAACCACCAGCAUGUCUUUUACAUUUCCUUCUGAUUUCUGAAUGUUGGCGGUCAUUCGAUCGUGGAUUGUACAAUUUCAUCAAAUCUUAUAUUUUUAUACCUGUAAUGAAAUUCGAUUUAUCGUCAAAUUAUAAACAUCCAUUACUAUUAAUUGUUUUUCCUAUCGUUAAAAAUUGGUUAGCACUUACUUUAUCCUAUUCAUUUGUUCUUUUAUAUCAUGGGAUUGAUAAAACAAAUGCAAUUUGGUUGUCGACAAAUCUACUGCUUUUAUUUUCUGAACGUUCUGUGAAAUGGAUUUAUCGAUGUACUAAUCUUGGAUCAGAAAUUCAUCAUCAGCUGUCUGAUAGAUGGAUCCGACGUCUUUCACUAUUACUUUGUGCAACCAGUGGAAUUUUUUCAGUUUUGGGAAAUUUGCACUUCCUCUUCGGUUCGAAAGUUGCAAACCAACUAACUGUGUGGUUAAUACAUGAUCCAACUCUACGUUUCACAGUAUUUGUGUAUUUUUAUUGCCAAAUGAAUUUUGUCAUCGAUUUGAGAAGUCUAUUCCCAUCGAUCAGACCACAUUUUGAGAAAAAGAUUCAAUGAUAUACGAAAAUAAUAAUAGCUACACAUGGAUUACUGUAAGAUAAACGGAAAUGCAACAGUUAAUGUCAAUAGUUUGUAUAUUAAAUCCUAAUAUUUUUUAAUGGAUGAUUGAUCUAAGCAUUUCUUAAUUUUAUGGUUCUAAUCUGCACAAUAUUCAUAGAAAGCAAAUUCUGGAAAUAUCGUAGAUGUAUGGGAAGGAGAGUUUUUUUUCUGACUAUGCAUGGCACAUAUCAAGUGGUCAUUGGGUGAGACCUCUACAAAAAAACUAUGAAUUUGUGUACCGAAAGCAAACCAAUCGACACAACAACGAAACUCAUUUUAAUGUAAAUUUUGUGCCAUUCACUACAUAUACUUAGAUGUUGUUAACUGGAACAAUAUGACUAAAAAGGCUGUGAUAAAGAAAUAUACAAGUGCUAUAAUCUAAACGACAAUGCAGUGAUAUUCAUAAUAGCGCCAUUGAGUUAUCUGGAAGAGUUCCUAGAAAAGUGGAGAACUUUCUUGCUUUAACACAGAUAACUUAAUGAUAAGCCUCAAUAAUCACUAAAUCUCUUAAUAAUUUGGCAUUUUGAAUGAUGAUUCCCAGACCAGGUGGAUGCUUUUACUAGUGUUUAAUAUGUAAAUACUGUACGUCAAGUUAUGUCAGCAUCUUGAUACAUUUUAAUCAACAGUAAGAAUUUAAAAAAAUACGAUGUAAAUGUAAAUAUUUUAGCCUAUCUACUUCAAAAUUACCUGAUGCACUACAUUUCCAAGUUGCUUAACAUUAAAUGAAAAAUGCACCUUCCAUGUAAGAAUCAAAUGGUAAUAAUAAAAAAGGAUUCGAACUAUCAUGUCGAUCUGUAGCUUGGACAGAUUUACCAUUCACAUUGGAUUCAUGUGGACAAACAGAAUCAGGGGGUGGAAAUCCAAGGCAUAAAUUAAUAUCAUCACCACGAAACAUAAUACCCCGGGGAUAGUGUUCCAGUCCGAAACAAUGACCUAAUUCAUGCCAAACAGCACCCAAUCCUGUAGCGAAAGCUGCCCAGUAAGUGUGUCUGACAAAGGAAUCAGUGAAAAACAUCAUGUAAAAUACGGACUCAGAAUCAUGAACAAGGUUAAAUUGAUUUCGAUUUAUCAAAAUAAACAGUUACAAUAGCAACUGCUAUGAACUCCCUUUGAAUAAGGUUCAGAAAUGGCUACAAAAGAUUACCCUCGAACAAUGGUGCAAAUCAAGCUUUUUCAUAGGUAAUGUUUGUAUGACAAAUACAGUUCAGCAAACUAUCUUUGUACUCACUAAUCUGAAGUAAAGUUGUAAAAUGAUAAAACUUGUUCAACAGGAUGUACGUGGAGAAUAAGACUUAGAUCGGUUUGGUUGACUUAUGUAAAUAACAUCAAAUGUGGAAUCAGGUUGAUUUUUUUCAAAUAUAACAAUGCAUACGAAUAUAUGCUUUGAACAGCCCAUUCAGACUUGGUUCAACAGAACCAAGUAAACUGUAAUAUGUAGAAUAACAGCUCUUAUCGUACCUGAACGAAGUCUGUUUUGUCUGACCAUUAAGUGUGUUAUUCUAACCUGACCAGAUAUUCUAUGAUCUUCCUAUGUACUUUGUUCACCAUGUCAUGUGCGUGCCUUAUGUGUCUGUCAUUUAUACUUUAAUUAGACUUCUGUAGUUUAUAUACUAUUUAUUUUAGAUCAGGUGCUCAUUAUACGCUGAGUUGACUAUUUCUGCCAAUCUAAUUCACAUCCACUUCCUUUCCCCACUUGCUGUUAAUCUGCGUUACCAAACUCCAGAAAUAUGUGUUACUCAAAUGCUUUUGUAUUCACAUUUUUAUAUCUAUUUUGUUAUUAACAGAAUUUGUCGACAGAAGUAAAUAGGAUCAAUAUUUCAUCAA